CCUCACAGCGACACCCAACUCCCCACAACUCCCCCCCGCUCACCGCUCACUCACGCGGGGUGACGACGCUCCCGAGGUGACCAAGAGAGACAGAGAGAGACAAGGAGUAGCAUUCCCCGGGGACCUCGUCCACGCGACGCCAUGCUGACGACUCGAUCUCCCGUACUCUUCAUCUUCGCCGUGUUCCUGUCCCUGGGGAUCUGCUACGUCUACUACAAGUCUCCGACUCUCCAAUGCGGAGCGCUUUCCAGCAUGCCACGUGACGUCUUCCAGCACCACCAGCAGGAGAGGAGGCGAGGCGAGGCGACGGCGGUCGAUGGUGAACCCCAGAGCACUGGGGCUUCCACUGACCAAGUCCGACAAGUCGCGGCGUCCACCUCUCUUAGCGCGCGCAACGACACCGAGCCACCGGCGGUGCCCUUGGGCAAGUCGAGACCGAAGAUGAAAGUCAAACUGAGCCCUCAGUGCCGGCAAACCUUGACGAGCAUCGCCAACGACCCUCCGCCAAAGACGUUCAACGAACAGUUGGUGGUGGAGAAGAUUCUGAAGGUUCGUGAUUGUCCCUGGCUCGAGAACCGCACCGAGAUCGACGCCUUCCGGUUGACUCACGCGAACACAACGGGAGGAGCGAGCCAGGUGGUGAUCACGCGAAGCAACUCGCCCAUCAACACGAGCAUCGUCUUCGACCAGAGCAGGAAGACGCUCGUGGUGGACGCCAAAGUCACGAAUCUCUUCCUCAAGGAGUUCCCCGAGCGGAGUGGGCGCUACCCUCGCUGCGCCGUCGUGGGGAACGGAGGGAUCCUCGCCAACAGCUCCUGCGGCUCCCAGAUCGACGCAGCCGACUUCGUGAUCCGAUGCAACAUCCCUCCCGUGGGGGGCAACUUCCAGGAUGACGUGGGAAGCAAAACGGACAUCGUCACCUCCAACCCGACCAUCUUCAUCAAUCGAUUCGAGUCCCUGAUCGGGAGAAGGAAGGAGUUCAUCAGGAAGAUGUCUUCGUACGGCGCCAGCAUCCUGCUCAUCCCCGCCUUCUCUGUAUCUGCGUACACGUCGCUUGCGUACAGGGCCAUAUUUACCCUGGACGACUUUGAGUCCCAGCAGCGCGUGGCCUUCUUCAACCCCUCCUACAUGAGGGCCAUCUCUCGCUUCUGGAAGAAACGCGGCGUCAAGGAGUCGCACAUCACCUCGGGCCUCAUGAUGACGAGCGUGGCCAUGGACCUGUGCGACGAGGUGCAUGUCUAUGGCUUCUGGCCGUUCGUGCACGACCUGCCCACCCCGGUGCAGGUGAAGGAGGAUGAGAGAAGGAGGAAGCCGAAGAGGAGCAGGAAGAGGAAGAAGGGGGCGCAGGCCGCCGCGGCCCCCACGGCCGCCCCUGUCGACCCACCGCAGGGCCGCCAGUUGCACCACCACUACUACGACGACCAGCAGCCCAAGAAGGUGCACUCCAUGCCCAGCGAGUUCGCGGAGCUGCUGAGGCUGCACAGCCGCGGGGUGCUCCGCCUGCACGUGAACGCGUGCGGGGGUCAGUGAUGGUGCCACGGUGGUGGCGGCGGUUCCCUCCAGAACCCGCAUCCCCCCACAUAACCCACGUUCCCCUCCAGAACCCACGUUCCCCUCCAGAACCCACGUUCUCCCACCAGAACCCACGUUCCCCUCCAGAACCCACGUUCUCCCACCAGAACCCACGUUCUCCCACCAGAACCCACGUUCUCCCACCAGAACCCACGUUCCCCACCAGAACCCACGUUCUCCCACCAGAACCCACGUUCUUCCACCAGAACCCACGUUCUCCCUCCAGAACCCACGUUCCCCACGAGAUCCCACGUUCUCCCACCAGAACCCACGUUCUCCCUCCAGAACCCACGUUCUCCCUCCAGAACCCACGUUCUCCCUCCAGAACCCACGUUCCCCUCCAGAACCCACGUUCUCCCACCAGAACCCACGUUCCCCUCCAGAACUCACGUUCCCUCUCCAGAACCCAGGUUCCCCCUCCAGAACCCACGUUCCCCCCGGUACCCAGGUUUUAGAUGCUUCUAGAUGUUACCUACACAACAAGGCAUUGGGAUGCUCUGUUGGGCCCUGUGUACGCAUUUCAUGCACGUUAUCGCGGACCGUGCUUUACCUCCUGCAUUAUAUAUUAUUUAUUACCUCGGCAUGUUUCAAUAACGCGACGUUCUUCGGGAACCGACUACUGCCUCCCGCCGCGUUGUCGGGCAGCAGGACCGUCAAAUGAAUGACAUUCGGUAUUUAUUUAGAAGGUGUUUGAAUAUCUUAGCACAACUCCCGUUUUAUUGCCAGAGAGGGUAAACACCUUUUAUAAUUUUUCAUGCUUUGAUGCUGGCACAAAAGGUAUCUCAUGAUUUAGCUGCUCACCGCGAACUAUACAUGCAACAAUACACGUGCAUUAUCCUUGUGCUGUUCGCCUUUUGGCGUUCUCUGGUCUGACACUGGUAGUGAGACCAGGCCCGAAAGAAGGCUGCUGUCUCUGGUGUAGGCCAAUCCAUUUCAAAGACAACGUCCAUUUUUUAUCAGAGCCAUGUUUGUUUGCAUGUUCACCACAAGUAACGUGUUUGGUUAAUGCGGUGCUUUACUCCUUGGUUCAAACACCAAACAGAUACCUCCUGUUUUAUUGGUAGAAAGGGUAAAGCCUAUUCUGAUUUUUCGUACGUAAUAUGCCGAACUUCUUUCCUACCACCGUACGUAGCCAACCGCGCUAAUAGGAGGUGUAGGGGGGAGGGAAGGACAGCAAACUAAACACAACAACAAUAAUUUCUAAAGGAAGGAACGUUCCAGACGGCCACAGAAACGCGUCCGAAAGCGCCGCGCGGCGACGAUCCGGUGAGUGCCGUCUUCGUUCGACGGCUUGGCCAGAAGCCAUCGCCGCCGCCGCUUGCGAGGAUGACGAGGGAGUUCACGUGACCGACGGUAUGUAGUAGUAUGUAGCUAUUUGACGAGAUUAGCGAGGUGACGCUGAAAAGGUACGCACGGACGGGUUCGUGAACACGUGCACGCACUCACGCGUACGCACCCGCAACAAUAACCACAACAACCACCACAACAACAACCACAACAACGAAAACAACCACCACAACGACAACAACAACAACCACAGCAACCACGACAGCUGUGAUCCAGGGUAUUUAGUCUUUCUGUUUACAAUCCCCUCAAUGCCCUUUCUCGCAUGUAAACUUUACGAUCUCCAAAGCAGGUGUGCAACUUGCGCAGAUACAGAAACUUAAUUUAUUACUUUCUUCGCGGUGUGUAAAGGGUGAUUAUGAUUGUUUUUCGGUGUGAUCACAGUUAGCUAUGCUUCAUGGUGGGAAAAUAUAUGGCAAUUCUGUAAUAUGUACGCUUCCACGGGAAUCAACUUCCCCUGUACAUAGACUCAGCACUGCUCCCCAUAGAGUCAACACUUACCCAUCGACUCAACACUACUCAUAGACUCAACACUGCUACCCAUAGAGUCAACACUUACUCAUAGACUCAACACUGCUCCCCAUAGAGUCAACACUUCCCGUCGACUCAACGCUACUCAUAGACUCAGCACUGCUACCCAUAGAGUCAACACUUACUCAUAGACUCAACGCUACUCAUAGACUUAGCACUGCUACCCAUAGAGUCAACACUUACCCAUAGACUCAACACUGCUACCCAUAGAGUCAACACUUCCCGUCGACUCAACGCUACUCAUAGACUCAACACUGCUACCCAUAGAGUCAACACUACUCAUAGACUCAACGCUACUCAUAGACUCAGCACUGCUACCCAUAGAGUCAACACUUCCCGUCGACUCAACGCUACUCAUAGACUCAACACUGCUACCCAUAGAGUCAACACUUACCGUCGACUCAACACUGCCCACAGACUCAACAACUCCCCUGUACAUUUUAUCAAUCCACCUCCUUAACCUCCUUCCAUUCCUCUCUUAAAUCCUCACCUUUUCUCCAUCGCCCAUUCCCCUUCCUCGUCCUGUCGCCCCUCUGCAUGGAAUCUAUAAUCUCGAACACUCGGCCCUAAGAGUUAGUAGCUGUAGUUUACGUGCCUUAGCCUGGCUCUCCGAAGUCGCAGCUAUUUCCAUCGGACAUCCUCUGCAGCCGAAGCGUGCCCUUCGCAUUUUAUGGGCCUGAGGUGUCUUAGCACUGAACCGUCGGUAAUCGUCGCACGUGCCUUAGACUGGGCCCUCUGGGCUCUCGGGCAUUAACUACGAACCCCAAUAAUCCCGAGCAAGCGGCCUUAGUCUCACGGAGCCAUUUCCACGACGACGAUAGCGAUAUUCCAUUGGAACCUCAUUUGCCAGUAAAAAUAUGAUAAUUGUUUUUUUACCCUUUUAUCUGGUAACAAAACUGACACCUUUUUUUUACAAGGAGUCAUGUUUGCAUAGACCACAAUACCUGCAGUCAUAAUGAAAAGAAAAACAUAACUCUGAUAAUGUAAUGCACUGUCCUUGAAGUUGAUUGGUCCACACCCGAGACAGCUUUUCUUAGAGCCUAGUCUCACAUGGUGUUGGACCAGAUGACGCCAAAAGGCGCACAACUCAAAGACAAUGCACCAUCAGAGUAUGAGAGAUUGGGGUAAGCAUUUACACCAUUGGAUACAUUAUCAGAGUUAUGUUUUUUGUUUGCAUUAUGACUGCAGGUAUUGUGGUCUAUGCAAACAUGACUCCUUGUAAAAAAAAGGUGUCAGUUUUGUUGCCAGAUAGAAGGGUAAAAAAACAAUUAUGAUAGUGAUAUUUAUAUUCUUAGGUUUUUUCGGUAAAGUCACGUAGGUAAAACAUCAAAAUUAAUAAAAAUUAAAUUAAAUAAGCCAGAUCUGGCUGUGACGGUCCCACCUGAUGACGGAGACUUGUGUUGCCUCCGAAACGUCGUGAUCUUUAUUUUAUUUUUAUUAAUUUUGAUGUUUUACCUACGUGACUUUACCGAAAAAACCUAAGAAUAUGAAUCCUUGCAGUCACGAAAGCUUCAAAUCUAGAAAGAGAUAGUGAUAUUAUUUAUAUUGCCACCACGGAACGCUUGGAAUCAUUCGCGGACAGAAAUGACCGCGGGGCCUUGAAGAAAGAGGUGGAGGACCUUUUAAGAAUGGUGGGGAUUUUAAGAAAGGGGUGGGGACCGAUGACAAAUAAGGGCAGGACCUUUAAGGAAGAUGUGUGACCUUUAAAAAAAGGAGAGGAAGAUCUCACAAAGAAUGGCCUGGCGGCAUUACCUGUCAUACGGUCUCAAUUGGUCUUUAAUAAACUAGUUCCCUAGUUUAUUAAAGACCAAUUGAGACCGUAUUGGUCACCCCGUGCCCCUUAUACAUCUCAGAGUUCAUCCUACAAAGUCCCAUCACAAGAGAGAAACACAAACAAAUGGACACAAUUAUUUUCUUGUUUCCGGUAUUGAAACGGCUGUUCUCCGUAUGGACCUGAAAAACUACCUUUCCCUGUACAACAACACGGGGUUAAACCGUACGGGUUGACGGGUAUGCAUUUGUCUGUACGCGAUUUAGCCCCAAAAAAAAAUACACCUCUAUCAUGGAUAACAUUUGCUCUCAGUCCAUCAACGCCAAGGCACUUGCAGGGUUGGUCCCGUGACCCUCCUCCUCCUACUGGCAGCAAGCGUGGCGCGUUCGACGGCACUUCGCGUGGCCUCGGCGUGCACGUGGCCAGGCCUGGCACAGGUCACGUGGGCGGCGCGCGUCACCACCACGUGAUGGCGAAUGGCGGAGGCGUUUGGCGUUUUGGUCGAUGAAAAAAAGUGUACGGGCAAAAAUUUGCGAAGGGAUUUUUUGAGUCGAUGCGCAUGAAGGCGCGUGGUAUGUUGUUGUUUUUUGUUGCAUAACCGGUUACCGCAAUAGGUGGGGUGGGGGGGAACCGGGUUAAACCGGUUAGUCGCACGCAAAAAAAAUGUUGAGAGCGAUAAACAAACAUAGGCACGCGCGCGUGUGUGUGUUUUAGCCGGCGAAACGUGCAAUGAGAAUUAGUUUUAUUUUUAAAAUAUUCUAACGUGCGGACACACACAUAUAUAUAAAUGCUGUAUUAGCUGGUAAAUGUAUAUAGGGGACAGUAUAGAAGCAGAGGGGAAGACAGCAAAUGAAGUCUCGGCGUAGACGCGGAUCGAACGAUCGGAUGCAACUGGGGAGGAGUAAGAGACUCGAUGCGGGUUUGUUGUUGUUACUUAUCUCGGACGAACACGAUCCAUAGACUAACAUUGCCCACAGACUAACAUUGCCCAUAGACUAACAUUGCCCAUAGACUAACAUUGCCCACAGACUAACAUUGCCCACAGACUAACAUUGCCCAUAGACUAACAUUGCCCACAGACUAACAUUGCCCAUAGACUAACAUUGCCCACAGACUAACAUUGCCCACAGACUAACAUUGCCCAUAGAUGUAAAUUGCCCAUAGAUUAAUAUUGCCCAUGAACUAUUAUUGCCCAUAGACUAACAUUGCUCACAGACUAGCAUUGCCCAUAGACUAACAUUGCCGAUAGAUGUAAAUUACCCACAGACUAACAUUGCCCAUGAACUAUUAUUGCCCAUAGACUAACAUUGCCCAUAGACUAACAUUGCCCAUAGACUAACAUUGCCCAUAGACUAACAUUGCCCAUAGACUAACAUUGCCCAUAGACUAACAUUGCCCAUAGAUGUAAAUUGCCCAUAGACUAACAUUGCCCAUAGACUAACAUUGCUCAUAGACUAACAUUGCCCAUAGACUAACAUUGCCCAUAGACUAACAUUGCCCAUAGACUAACAUGGCCCACAGAAUAACAUUGCCCACAGACUAACAUUGCCCAUAGACUAACAUUGCCCAUAGAUUUAAAUUGCCCAUAGACUAGCAUUGCCCACAGACUAACAUUGCCCAUAGACUAACAUUGCCCAUAGAUGUAAAUUGCCCAUAUACUAACAUUGCCCAUAGACUAACAUUGCCCAUAGAUGUAAAUUGCCCAUAGACUAACAUUGUCCAUUGACUUACAUUGCCCAUAUACUAACAUUGCCCAUAGACUAACAUUGCCCAUAGAUGUAAAUUGCCCAUAGACUAACAUUGUCCAUUGACUUACAUUGCCCAUAGACUAACAUUGCCCAUCGAGUGACAUUGCCCACGGAGUAAUCACGGACAGCUAAAUGGAAGCAAGGCGCUCACCACUGACGGAAGGAAGGCACACAUAUCGUGAAGGCACACAUAUCGUGAAGGCACACAUAUCGUGAAGGCACACAUAUCGUGAAGGCACACAUAUCGUGAAGGCACACAUAUCGUGAUAACACCGUGGAGAUGUCAAUAAGUAGUUGCAUCUACUGUUAUUGAUUCGCAUCGAUUGUUAUUGAUUCGCAUCGAUUGUUAUUGAUCUAAGAUUCCAAUAGAUUUGAGUUUAAAUGUGUUAUUUAAAAAAAACAUUACAGACCCUUUGGCCAUCCACUGCUGGAUGAAGGCCUCCGCCCUCCCCACGCCGUGUGAGUCAUGAGGCUUGGUUGACCACACUUCACCAUGCUGGUCAUCCAGCGUGGGGGAGCGGUAGUGUAGCUGUUCGCGCGCUGCGCCAUACAAAUCCGGCGACCCGAGUUCGAUGUCAGCUCACGGCCAACACCGACGGCGAUUACCUGAACUGGUCCUGGGGAGACAAAGGCGGUCGGGCAGGGUGCUGGCCCACCCACCCGCUCGCGUUCCGUGCCUGCCUUCGGAGGUGCUUGCUGACAGCACUUGGCCCCACAGUCUAUUUCACUGGUCAACAACUCAUCGGAUUCCUCCUCCUGCAGUAUAACUAAAUAUACUGGUCAAAAAAAAAAUCAUUUUUUUCUGGCCUGGACUUUUGCAGCUGUUUUAGACUAAUUUCAGGGUGCUGAUUCCAAAUCUGAUCUCAGAUUUGCUCUAUCACAUCUCAUUUCUAUGCUAUCGGCAUACCUCAUUUUCAUUGAUUUUACCCGAAAUUAACUCUGUCACUUAUGAUUGCAAGCUGUUGCGAGUCAGUGACUGCUUUAGUGUUAAAAUACGGUGCUGUAUUUUUAGGAUAGUGUGUUUAUAAUAGAAUUUUAUGCAGAUAUACACAUUUAUUUAAUAUUUUUCUUCUGCAGUUUUUAUUGAAAAUGCAACAUUUGAUAUCUCAAAAACCUGAUGUGAUAGACAUAAACCGAUGCCAGAUUUGGAAUCGGCACCCCAAAAUUACCUUAAACCCGUUGGAAUACCUUAUGCCAGAAAAAGUGUGUUGACCAGUUUCAUGCUUCAAAUUUGAGGCUACACCGGGGGUGUGGGGGGAUCUUUGUCUUCGGAGGACCGGUUCGGAUUACCACUUCGCCACUGAAGUCGGCCGUGAGUGUGAAUCGACCUCCCGAGUCGCGCUCACCACUGCGCCACCGCUCCCCCGGCCAAUGUGUAAUAAAGGUCAUUGAGGCGACUUCUGGAAUCCGGUCUUUAUUCGCUUUUCAUUACAGCACUUCUUUCACGCUGCUGACAGACAGCGUGAGAGGGAUAGAGAGAGAGACGUGUGUAGCCACGUGGCAACUUGGACCCCCGCUCUCACGUGGCCUCCUCCUCCGUUCGUUCCAGUUCUGACCACGUGUUGUUCGUCUCCACCCCUAUUUAAUACCCGGGUCACAUGGUACGUUUCCACCAAUCCUGGUUAGCCUCUAUGGAAUAUUCCAGACUCCAUCGUAGGCUCCCGGGACCACGCCCCUGACUCGUCUCCCCAUUGGCUGUGGCCAAAGCCAGCAGAACCAAUCCUCUACAAACACUGACAGAGCCAAUCAUCGUGACGAGUUGUAAUCCGUCAACGACCCAGAUAUAACCUCACAUUACAAAUGCAAAGACCUCGAGGAUUUUUUGUGACGCCACCCACCUCCAUCGCCCAGUCACUCGAGGUCGCUCCACUGACAAUGUGAAUUGUUUUGUAGAUUCAUUGACUCGCGUUACUUCGCCGUGAGAUGAUAACGACGAGCGCUGUGUUUACGUUUGUGUGUGUGUUUGUACAAUUGUGGGAUCACUUAUCCAGUGGGAAAAUAAAGGGUGGUCGUUUUA